AUGAAAGAUGGGGAGGGAAGUGUGAAGAAGAAUAGCUUUACGUUUUCUAGCGUUCUCAAGGCAUGUGGGAAGAUGAGGGAUGGUGGAUAUUGUGGUCAACAAGUCCAUGCCAACGCGAUAAAUUUAGGGGUUAAUUUGAAAAGUUAUGUGCAGUGUGGAUUGGUUGACAUGUAUGGGAAAUUUGGGUUGGUGAAAGAUGCAAGAAGGGUGUUUGAGAUAAAUGCUGCAUGUUGGGAUGCAAUGCUUCAUGGUUUCAUACAGCACGGGCUCUGCGUCGAGGCUAUCAAGGUAUUGCACAUGGGAUUUGGAUACAGAUGGAAUGCCAAGUUUUCUUCUACUAAUUGCUCUGUUCCCCGCCAUAGGCCGACAAUUUUUAUUCAGCUCAGUACACGACACUCAAACAGUGUGAGGGCUAGUGAGGCACAUAUGUACGUAGCCACGUGUGUCGAGGUUGUAUCCACAUGCGGAGAUGCGGGGAGUUCUUAUGUAUUGAACUGA